UCCUCCAUCCCUCCCCUCCGUCCCUCCCUCCCCGCCGCCUGAGGGGCGGCUCUAUCGGCCGCGCUCCGCCCCGGCCGGGCGGGCUGAGGCGCCGGAUGGCGCCGGGCUCUGUGUGACGGUCUCGGGGGCGGAGAGGGGCCGGGGGAGCCCUGCCGGUUGAAAAGAUGGGAAAUGCAGAAAGCAAUGCCUAUCACAAUCACCUUUCCAGAUUUCUUCCUGAGGAGCAGACUGACAUUGAUGGAGUGUUUGAUGCCUUAUCGGGAUCAAGUGGCUCAGCUGGAGGAAAAAAUGCCAAAGCUACAAAGAAAACUAUGACUCUGGCAGCACUACAGGCACAUACUCGGGAGGCACUGCCAGAGCAAAUGACUGUUCGGUUGUACAACGGGAUGAAAAGCAUUGACCUGCCUGGGAAAUCAUCUGGGCUGAGUGAACAGAUUGCUAAGGAGCAGUUUGUAAUUUUUAUGUCAGACCUCUUAAAAGGGAAUGCAGAUGAGAAGAUUGCCAUAAUAAUGAGAAUGAUCUCCAAGACAGAAGGGCCCGUGAAGGGCAAACAAAUCCAAGAGUUCACAGAGGAUCUGAUCAUGUCUCUAGUCCAUGUACUGAGCUACAGGAAGGAACUGAAAGGCUGGACUUUGGAGAAUACUCGGGAUUCUGCCAGUGGAGUAAAGGCUUUGGCUUCUCAGCUGCUCUCAGAGUUGAAGCUUGCAGAUGGGACGAAACCUGUGGGUCCUCAGCUGCUGGAGACAAGUUUUGACCCGAGUGUCGUUGAGGACUGGGUGUACAGAGUUCCUCAGGUCUCAGUUUUCCUCAGUGUUGUGAUCAGGCAGGGCCUCCACGUUCUCCAUUCUCUCCCAGACCAAACCAACGACAUCCUCAACCUGGUUCCCCGCUGCAAAGGCAUGAAAGGAAGAGGACUUGUCAGCCUCUUUGACAUCCCAUCCAUCAUAUACAUCAACUCCCACCUGCCUGCAGAGCUACAGCACAAGUGGCGGCUUUUAUUUUCUUCCAGGCUCCACGGGGAAAGCUUUUCACAGUUGUGUGGGCACAUAGUGAACAAAGGGCCUUGCAUAGUGAUCCUGAAGGACUUGGAUGGUUUUCUCUUUGGUGGGUUUGCAUCUCACUCCUGGGAGGUGAAGCCACAGUUUCAAGGUGACAACAGAUGCUUUCUGUUUUCUGUUUUCCCCUCUCUUGCUGUGUACACAUACACAGGGUACAAUGACCACUUCAUGUAUUUGAACAAUGGCCAACAGACUAUGCCAAAUGGGCUUGGUAUGGGUGGACAACAUGGAUACUUUGGGCUCUGGAUAGACAGUGACUAUGGGAAGGGACACAGCAAAGCCAAACCUCGAUGUACCACCUACAACAGCCCCCAGCUGUCAGCCAAAGAGGAUUUCACACUGGAUGCCAUGGAAGUCUGGGCAGUGGGAGAUGUCCCUGAAAGCGUGACAAAAGGUAAGAAGAGUAUCCUGGAUGUGGAUCCUGAGGCUCAGGCCCUAUUGGAAAUGGCUGGAAAAAGUCGUCACAGCGAAGGUCUCCGGGAACCCAUUGAAGAGGAUGAGGAUGAUGAGAACUAAAGGAAUCACAGUAAAAUGAAAACCCUUUUAUUUUUAUUUGCUUCCAAGUGUUAAUGUUCCUUGGACAGCGUAUUUUUUCCUCUUUUCUUUUUUUUCCCCCUAAAUUUACCUAAUUAUCUGGGACAAAGCUUAAACCUCGUACUUAUGUAAUAUUUAGGUCUAAUACAAUAUUCUGCCUGAAGGGUUUUGUUUGGGGAGGACAGAAAAAAUAACUGGGGACACAAUCAUUAGACAUGUCUGAGUCCUAGUUGAAUAUGAAUUUGCUUGCAUUCCCCAUAGAUCAUGUCUGAAAACUAAAUUGAAAGCAGCAGAAGAUAUCGACAGUAUGGUUUACUGACUUGGAGAACUGAUAUUUAUAUAUAUAUAUAUAUAUAUAUAUAUAUAUAUAUAAAAAGAGACUGUCCAAGACACUGAUUAAGGCUUUUAUACCUCAACUGCACAGAUUUAUUUGCAUGCAAUGAAAUUAGUCAGUGAAUUUGCAAAUUGUAAUGAUGUCUUACAUUGGUAAACAGAGAGUAGUCCACACGAUUCCAUAUGAAGGGUGCUAUUAGUUUGCAUUGCUUUGGUUAAAGCAUUAAAUUUGACAUUUUCUAAGUUGGUUUUUUAGCAAGUGACUCCAUAUGGACUGUAAGAUGUCCAGAAUAUUCAUAUACAGCAACAAGGUUUAUAAUACUACACUAUAGUUCAGUGCAUCUCACUUCAGCUGUUUCUGCAGAAAUUUGUCUGUUGUUUUUUAAACUUAGUAAAACAGAAUCACUGGAAUCAUUCAGCCAUAUUUUUCCUAAAAAUGGGCCAUACUUUCAGCAGAAAUUCUCCAGGGAAGGUAACUUCUUUAGUAGCCUCACUUGAGACUGGACUAAAAAGGAAGCCAGUUAAUUGGGAAUAGGAUCUGCAGAUACCUUGUAGAAGAAAUAAAAAUCAGGGUUAUGUAAAAUGUUUAAAGAAGAUUGCUGUACACUUUAUUUCCACAUAAUUAAUCAUUACUGCAUUAUGGAAAAAAAUGCCUGCAGUUGUUUGGGGGUUUUUGCUCUGUUUUGUGACUGUUCACCAGUCAGCACCAGUUUUGCCAGGUCUCUUGUACUCAGGGCUUUUUCUACUUGAAUUUGUUCUCAUCUAUCAGUAAUUAGUUUGACCUCGCUAAUUCUAUGUGUCAUUAACUUGUCAAAAAUAACCCUAAUUUUUACCAGGGAGUGUAAUUUCUAACUCAGCAAAUAGUGUUUGGUUAUUGGUGUCUGUGAUUGUCAAUCUUUCUCAUCCUGAGGAAAAGGACUGUACCCAAUCCUCUUUGUCCUGGCAUGACUUUGUCUUCUGUGCAGCUUAGAGCAAAAAAUGUACCAGAAUUCUACAAUUCCUGAUCAUGUGGCCUUCCUUCAAAUUCUUUCCCUUAGUGUUUUCUUGUGUGUGGUCUUUUUUUUCCCCACCUGCUGUUUUUCACAGGGAGCCAGAUUUGAAUAUUCUGAAUAAUCUGCACUUGUGCCUUAAUGUAGGUCCCAUUCUUUUUGAUUUUGUUAAACAAAGUGAACUUAGGCUUGAAAGGAGAACAUGAAGAAAUCACUCCAGCCAGACAUCCUAGAACUCAACUGUGCAUUUUGUAUAGUACCUGAACUAAUGACUGGGGCAUAUAUGCUGUUUGUUCCAGUACAGAGUGUGCUGUGGAAGGCCUGAACUAAUGUCCUUUUAUCCUGUUUUUGCUUAAAGAAAAACCUGAAAGUCUCCCAAGUUUGUAACACGUAGAAAAAAAAUGUAAGAAGCAAACCAAUUGCACUGAUAAUUUGUAUAAUUUUCUUCUCUGUAUAUAUUAAUAAGAAUGUUAAAUAGUACAAUGUAGGGAGUACUGUAUAGACAGCAAGUCAGUACAUGAAGCUCUGUGUAGGUGUGGUGGUACCAGCUUUUGUUUGAACAUUCUCAAACUCCCCCCAUAAGUCUCAGAGGUCUUUUCCACUUAGGCACUGGGUACUCCAAGUGGAUGGCAUACAGUAAUGAGGCAGCUGAAUUUCUGCAGUUACACAUAAAAUAAGCAGCUAGACUUUAUUUCCCUUCCAUUAGAAGGCGGAGACUUGUCUUUGAGAACUGAAACUCUUUGCAAGGGUUUUUAAAAAAAUGGUGAGCAGGCUGUGUCUGGGGAGGGUGAGUUUCACAAAGCUACUCUUCUCCAUAAGUAUUUCAGUGGCCAAGUUGUCUUUGAUUUAUAAUAAGUAUCAGGAUAGCUGUUUCUUUUCAGACUAUGAAUCCAAAAUGUAAUCCUGUUUAAACAUCAUGUUGUGACAAUCAGCAUAGCAUUGUGACCUCUGAAAGUGUAGUUUUUUGACAAGUUUGUGUCUGAGACUCUUCAUCUUCACUUUGAAGUGAAGGUGUUAAGCUGGAGCAAGAGGAAAACUGACACUAUGGCACUUUAGCAAAUGUCUCAGUGACACUACUGAUCCAACCAGCAGGUGGGAUUGUUCAAAAUUGUUCUUUAAAUGUAAAAGAUGGGCUUGGGAGAGACUCAACUUUUUUUUUUCCCCCUGAACCUAAUGAUUAAGCACUCUGGGCUUUCUGCUCAUGCACCUAAAACAUCCAGAAAGCAUUUGUCAGCAGUGGGCUUAGCUGUGAUCUAAACAUCUCAGUCCCUUUUGUGCAGCUCUUGAUACAACUGCAAAGCUCAACAUCCCUGCUCUGUGUGUGACUCAUUUUUAUUCUCAGUGCUUGUGAAAGCAAUUCCCUUCCCCAUUAAAUCCAUGCACUGCUGUGCUUUGGAUCACAUCACCCUUCCAGUUUGCUCCUCUUAGUCACACAGGUACCAAAAAAGACAGCUGAGCGUUGGCACUUCAGCUCUCUACUCUGCCAUCUCCCCACAGUUUCCUUGAAAGGCUUGCUGAAUCAAGGCUGGCUAUCUGGAAAUCUAGAAACACUACAGAUUGACUACAGGAAAAGAAGUGCUAAUGAAGGCAGGUCUUUUCCAGUCUUCUAAUUUAAUGUAAAAGGACAGGUCUAAAUCAAGUCUCACACAGAUACUUGUCAAUAACAUUUAAAAAUGUAGAUUUUAUUAAUAAAAAUGACUUUGAUUUAAAUAAAUAAAAUUUCAGUUUAUGCACAAUAUAUUUUUCUGUACAGGUGUGAAACUCUUAUUUUGUCUGGGACUAUCACAGCCUUCUUGACAUAUGUUAUAAAAAUAUACCUGCUCUUGGUUUGAAACCGGAGCUGCUGCAGAGGUUUCUGUGGAACAGCUCAGGUGGGGCGUGUAGAGGAGACUGUUGGUACAGGUGCACGUGGG